AUGACUGUAUCUAUCUCAUUCAAGCUGUCAAUAAACCUUAUAAGAUAUGACAACCAAAAACCUCAAUGCAGAAUAAAACACUUCAAAAAAGGAAGGAAGGAAGGAAGCUUCAAUCUCAUACUCAUUUUCUGCUUCAUCUGUGUGUUUGCAGUGCUGAUAAACAAAGUGUGUCUGCAGGUCACAGUAGAGGCUGUUAUUGGUGGUUCUGUUGUUCUGCCUUGUUCUUUCACCAAAGAUGAUAAUAAACUUCAAGACAUUGAUGUUAGUUGGAGACACAAUGGUAGCAAGAUUGUGUUUGAUAUAAUUCCACACAGUACUUCACCAGUGACACAGGACGCAGAAUAUGAGAACAGAACUGAAACUUUCCCUGAAGAGUAUCUGAGAGGAAACUUCUCCAUCAAACUCAACAAUCUUCAACACACUGAUGCGGGACAAUACAUCUGUUACAUAAAAAAUGCAGAUGCAUUUCAGACUGUAAAGCUGAUCAUCAGUGGAUCAAUAUCUACUGAACAAGGAAACCAAGGAGAAACAGAACAGGACGGAAUGGGGCCUUUGCUCUUGGUUUGCAUUAUAUUACCUGUGAUGUUAGUUAUAGUGGUUAUUAUUUUCAUUUUAGUUUUCUGGAGAAAAAAGUGCUCAAUUAGCCACAGGCAGGCCGGAUUAAGAAUUGUAACUAAUGUCUUGUAGCCCCCCCCCACACACCACCACCCUUAUAAAUUUAAAAUAUAAGAAUACCAUAUAAUAAAUAUAUUAAAAAAGUA